CGCACCGGAUGGAAUCAGAGCUUUCGCAGAAUGUAGGCGUCUACGUCUUACGCAACUUCUUCCCGAAGUUCGUUCUCCCGAGUCGUUGCUUAUGGCGGUGCCUACCGCAAUUCUUAACGAACCGGGGUAAUCUGCCCUUCCUAACUGGGUGGCAAGAAGUCACAUAUUCUCCGAUCAGGUAAAAGUACAGGAUGGACAUGCUUGUGUGUUCUCUGGAAUGCCCGAUCCCGCAGCGGCGCAUAUUUUUCCAUUCGCGACGAGCAAGAAGACGAAUUUCGCAAGCCUCAGCGAAAUACUCACGGUCUUUUGGGGCUUCGUAAAGUCUUUGGCAUGGCGUAGGAUGUUUGAGAACGCAGGUAUCACCCUGUCAGCCAAGAACGGCAUCUCGAUGGGCCAUCAGAUCCACUUCUGGUUCGAUAACGCGAGGUUUACCCUCAAGCCUCUCAAAGAAACCGCGGAAGGAGUCGUCGUAUAGUGGCACUGGCUAAAGAGAAGCAUUUUGAAGCCGUUAGUCUGGACUUUACCAGACCGGGACAUCCUGCUCCAGGCUGGGCUGACGGACCAGAACUGGGGCGAUAACUUAGCACACCGAAAGAGUGGCGUGACUAUCCGGACUGGCCAGACGUUUCUUCUCCGAGCAGACAACCCCGAAGACAAGUCCAGCUGGGAGCUUCUAGAGAUGCAGUGGAAUCUCUUACGUGUUGCGGCCAUUUGCGGAGCGGCCGACGUCACAGACGACUAUUGCGAUUACACAGAGCCGGGGGAGCGGGACUAUGAUGAAACCGUAGCCGCUAAACAACGCGCCAUCCUGGCCGAACAGGACGAGUCAAGUCACUACGGGCUGAGACGCCCGGGACAACGGCAAGGGGGUCGACCACGGGGGUGAACAAGGCGAUGACGAUGGCAGACCUGGGGAUAGCGGCGGCGGCGGCGCUGCCUAGCGAAGAGGAACAGCGUGGGCACGCUGUUAGGGGAACCGGAUAAGGAACAGCCACGGCUGCCGUACUAAGGAGCGAUUAUAUAAAAUGUGACGUAGCAAUUGAACCAGCCCUUAUAUGCCUAGAUACCGCAACGCG